UGGUGGAAGUGAACUCUAUCACGGUUAGCUUGAAAAUGGUUAUAAGAUUGAAGAUGGUAGCAGGCUGUUAAAACAUAUAAGUGAAGGUAACUCCUAUAUUAUUUUUUCAGUGAUAAUACCUGUAACAAGUAUUGGAAAGAUGGUUAGCUGACUUAUUUUUAUGUUUUGAAUUUCAGGGUUAUAAUGUAUAGGGCACAGGGAUAGAGAGAUGGAGCAAUCAAGUGUUAUUUAAGGGAUAUUUAAUCUAGCAGUAUCCUUCUUGAUGAUAAAUACGAGGUCAGGCUGGGAAGUCUGAGCAAAGUUUGUGUUCAGGGCAGUGAUAAUCAUGAGAAUAUGAUCUCAAAAUUUCUGCGAAUACCACAGGAGUUCUGCUUCGCGGAAUAAUUAAAGAUGUUGGAAUUAUGUGUUCUUGUGGGAUGUGCAAGGGAUCCAUAUAUGCCAUUCCUUACAACAUCUGUUGCAAAUCUUCAACUAUGUGAUUCAUGAUUGAUUGUUACAAGAUCAGAAGAUGAAGUGGGCCAAGCAAUAGGCAGAAGUGGAAGAUCAGAUGUGGAAGCUUAAGGUUGGCGAAGGUGGCGGGCCGUACAUGUACAGUACAAACAACUACGUUGGCAGACAAACAUGGGAGUACGACCCUGGCGCCGGUACGCCGGAAGAACGAGAAGCGGUUGAAAAAGCCCGCCUAGAGUUCAGAAAAAACCGGGAGAAAGGUUUCCGUGCCUGCGGUGAUUUGUUAAUGAGAAUGCAGAUGAUUAAAGAAAGUGGGAUUGAUGUGUGGAGCAUUCCCCCGAUAAGACUAGGAGAUGAAGAAGAAGUGAAGUACGAGGCUGUCACAACCGCCGUCAGAAAAGCUGUCCGAUUGAACCGUGCACUUCAAGCUAGAGAUGGACACUGGCCAGCUCAGAAUGGUGGCUGCUUGUUUUUCACUCCUCCCUUGCUAAUUGCGUUGUACACAAGCAGAUCAAUCAAUACAAUUUUAACAUCAGAGCAUAAAAAAGAAUUACUUCGAUAUAUCUACAAUCAUCAAAAUGGAGAUGGAGGAUGGGGAAUGUACAUAGGUGGAAACAGUACUAUGAUUGGGUCAGCACUUAGCUAUGUGGCCUUGCGUUUGCUUGGAGAAGGACCUGAUGACGGUGAUGGUGCCAUUGCUAGGGGUCGUAAGUGGAUUCUUGAUCACGGUGGUGCCACUCAAAUUCCUUCUUGGGGAAAGAUUUAUCUUUCGGUGCUUGGAGUGUACGAGUGGGAUGGGUGUAAUCCACUUUCGCCAGAAUUCUGGCUUUUCCCUUCCAAUUUUCCAUUUCAUCCAGCAAAAAUGUGGUGCUACUGUCGGACAACAUACAUGCCUAUGUCAUACUUGUAUGCAAAGAGAUAUCGUGGACCAUUAACGGAUGUAGUUCUCGCUCUAAGAAAUGAAAUUCAUGUCAAAUCCUAUGAACAGAUUGAUUGGAACCAGGCUCGCAUGGCUUGUUGUAAGGAGGACCUGUACUAUCCUCAUAGUUUCAUACAAGAUCUGCUAUGGAACGCCCUUCAAUAUUGCACUGAGCCAUUCAUGAGGCGUUGGCCUUUCAAGAAAAUUAGAGAAAUGGCUAUGAGAAAAGCAAUCAAAUAUAUGCGCUAUGAAGCUGAAGAGACCAGAUAUAUUACCAUUGGCUGCAUAGAAAAGAGUUUGCAAAUGAUGUGCUGGUGGGCAGAGGAUCCAAAUGGCGAUGAGUUAAAAUACCAUCUUGCUAGAGUUCCUGAUUACUUGUGGCUGGCAGAAGAUGGAAUGUCAAUGCAUGGUUUUGGAAGUCAGAAUUGGGACGCAGCUUUUGCCACCCAAGCUAUAAUUGCCAGUGGCAUGGUAGAAGAAUAUGGGGACUGCCUGAGAAAGGUCCAUUUCUAUAUCAAAGAAUCACAGGUAAAAGAAAAUCCAAAAGGAGACUUCAAAAGUAUGUAUCGUCAUGUCACGAAAGGAUCAUGGACAUUCUCAGAUCAAGAUCAUGGUUGGGCUGUCUCUGAUUGCACAGCAGAAACUCUUAAGUGUCUGCUACUCCUUGGGGAAAUGCCACACAAAAUUAUAGGAGAAAAGCCUGAUGUUCAACGCCUGUAUGAAGCUGUAGAUGUCUGCCUUUAUCUUCAAAGUCCGGAGAGUGGUGGCUUUGCUACCUGGGAGCCUCCAGUUCCACAACCAUACCUGCAAGUGUUGAACCCUUCUGAAAUAUUUGCUGAUAUUGUGGUUGAAGAAGAGCACAUAGAACCUACUGGGUCUAUAAUCAGUGCUCUUGUAGCCUUCAGAUGCCAUUAUCCAAAUUAUAGACCAAAAGAAGUUAAUAUCUCCAUUGCAAAGGCAGUACAGUACCUAGAAAAACAGCAGGAAUCAGAUGGAUCAUGGUAUGGCUACUGGGGAGUUUGCUUUCUCUAUGGCACUUUCUUUGCCCUAUUAGGGCUAACAGCUGCAGGAAAAAGUUAUGAGAAUUGUGAAGCCGUCUGCAACGCCGCUCACUUCUUCCUGUCAAAACAGAAUCAAGAGGGUGGCUGGGGAGAAUGCCUUCAAUCUUGCCCAAGCAUGAGAUACAUACCGCUUGAAGGGACCGGUACGAAUUUGGUACAAACAUCAUGGGCAAUGCUAGGACUUAUGUACACUGGACAGGCUGAGAGGGAUCCAACCCCUUUACACAGAGCAGCAAAGUUAUUGAUCAAUGCACAAAUGGAAGAUGGAGAUUUCCCUCAACAAGAUAUUACUGGAGUGUACAUGAAGAACUGCAUGUUACAUUAUGCAUCACAUAGGAGUUAUUUUCCAUUGAUGGCACUAUCAGAAUAUCGUAAACGGGUGUGGACAUAAAAAAAAAAAAAAAGCCACUAAAAUCCAAAUCCUAGCUAUUACCAACAAAAUGUUGUCUGUUUAAUUUUAUGAUGUAACAAUGUAGUACAAAUACAGUAUUAUUACUUUUAAGUAAGAUCGAACUAGUGUUGAGCCCCAACAUAGUUUGGAUAUUUUGGUUUAGUUUAUAUAUAUGUUAUUGAAUUGUGUUUAUAAUAAUACAAAUAUUGUACUUUAA